CUGUGAAAAUAACAUUUUAGGAAAAAAAUAAAAAAAAGUUAAGAACUCGCGCGGGGUGUAAUUAAUUAAAUUUAAUAGCUCCCGCGCAAACUCUCUCCCUUUAAAAAAACCCUUUCCUCUUCCUCUAAACUAAUCCAUCGCCACCACACCAACACACAGCACACACCUUUAGGGUUUUCUCCAUUUUUCGAUUCAAGCUCAAAUCAAACGAUAAGAAUGCAGAACUCGGUGACCCCAGAUGCUAUCUCCGCCGUAUUGUCAAACCCAUCCUUUGAUUCGUCUUCCGAUCGAUCUGAGAUCGUCGUUCAAGUCGUCGAUCUCAAGCCUAUCGGCAAUCGUUAUACGUUUAGUGCAAACGAUGGGAAGACGAGAGUCAAAGCUAUGUUUACAGCUUCGUUAACACCUGAGAUCGUUUCUGGGAAUAUUCAGAAUCUGGGUUUGAUCCGUCUCGUUGAUUUCACUGUUAAUGACAUCUCCAGCAAAUCAACAAAGUAUUUUCUUGUGACUAAGUGUGAGUCUGUUGCGUCUGCGCUUGAUUGUGAGAUUGACUUGGAGGGUAAGAAGGACGAGGAGGAGGGUGGUGAGGCGGCCAAGAGGCAGAAGCUAGAUCACUCUCCUGUGAGUGAUGUUGUUUCAACUGGUAUCACGUUGAAACCGAAACAGGAGUUUGUUGCCAAGUCAGCUUCUCAGAUAAUCACUGAACAGAGGGGAAAUGCUGCACCAGCUGCAAGAAUGGCCAUGACUAGAAGAGUCCAUCCACUUGUGUCCUUGAACCCCUAUCAAGGAAGCUGGACCAUCAAAGUCCGAGUCACCAACAAGGGAACCAUGAGAAACUACAAGAACGCUAAAGGAGAAGGAUGUGUCUUCAACGUCGAACUAACAGAUGAAGAAGGAACACAAAUUCAAGCUACGAUGUUUAAUGAUGCUGCAAGGAAGUUUUAUGACAGGUUCCAUCUCGGAAAGGUCUAUUAUAUCUCUAGAGGAUCACUUAAACUUGCUAACAAGCAGUUCAAGACAGUCCAGAAUGAUUACGAGAUGACACUGAAUGAAAACUCAGAGGUGGAGGAAGCUAGCAACGAGGAAACGUUUGUUCCUGAGACGAAAUUCAACUUUGUACCCAUUGAAGAGUUGGGUAUGUACGUGAAUCAGAAGGAGCUUAUUGAUCUUAUUGGAGUUGUUCAAAGUGUUUCUCCUACCAUGAGUAUUAGAAGGAGAACGGACAAUGAGAUGAUACCCAAGAGGGAUAUAACUUUGGCUGAUGAGUCAAAGAAAACCGUUGUGGUGUCUCUGUGGAACGACCUGGCAACUGGCGUAGGUCAGGAGCUUCUGGAUAUGGCUGAUAAGUCUCCUGUGAUUGCAAUCAAGUCUCUCAAAGUUGGAGACUUUCAAGGUGUUUCGUUGUCCACCAUCAGGAGAAGCAAUGUGGUGAUAAAUCCUGAAUCACCAGAGGCGAAAAAGCUGAAAUCUUGGUUUGAUUCUGAAGGCAAGGAGGCGUCCAUGUCUUCCAUUGGCUCAGGGAUGAGCCCACUUGCUAAGAAUGGAUCUUGGUCUAUGUAUACAGACCGAGUCCUCCUCUCUCACAUCACAAGCAACCCAUCUCUAGGAGAGGAAAAGCCUGUGUUUUUCAGCACAAGGGGUUACAUAAGCUUCAUCAAACCAGACCAGACAAUGUGGUACCAAGCGUGUAAGACUUGUAACAAGAAAGUGACUGAAGCAAUGGACUCUGGUUACUGGUGUGAAGGUUGCCAGAAGAAAGAUGAAGAAUGCAGCUUAAGGUACAUAAUGGUGGUGAAAGUCUCUGACUCAACAGGAGAAGCUUGGUUUUCAUCAUUCAACGAUGAAGCAGAGAAGAUUAUUGGAUGUUCAGCUGAUGAACUCAACAAACUAAGAUCUGAGGGAGGUGAAGUUAAUGAGUUUCAGACAAAGCUGAAAGAAGCAACGUGGUCGUCUCAUGUCUUCAGGAUUAGUGUCACUCAGAAUGAGUACAAUGGUGAGAAGAGGCAGAGGGUGACUGUCAAAGGAGUGGCUCCUGUUGAUUUUGCAGCUGAAGCAAGAUUGUUGCUCCAAGACAUCUCCAAGAAGAACUAAGCAUCUCAGUAGCUCUCAAGUGUCACAAUGUUAGGAGUCUGUUUUGCCUAAAAAAGUCUCAGAACUUUGCUUGUAAUAAGCUUUUCUGCAGUUUGUAUUGUUAUAACAUCCUUUAAUUUGAGUAAAGCUUUAUUCCUUAGUAUUA